CCUCCAUCAAACCAUGUUAGCUACGAGUUAGCUAGCUAGCUUUCAUCUCGGACGGCUAACAGCUAUCGGCGAUCCACUUGUCGUCCUGGUUUGCCGUUGGCAUCGCAAGUUACACGUGAACACAUUUCUCUGCUGUUGAGCCGCACGAGGUACCGCAGCAGGCAUGUUUACCCCCCGCUCCACCCCGAGCUCCGGCCGCCGGCAGCAGGGCAGGAACACCGGGAGGAAGAGCGCCUCCGGUGCGGCCGCCGCUCUGCUGUUCUCCCCGCGCAGGACGCCGCUGUCCGCCAGGUCAACACCUUCCAGGCCGCAGACCCAUUCGGCUGCAGAUUCCAUCAACUACGACGUGCAGCCCUUCGGCUCGUCGCUGCCCGUCAAAGUGAUGGAGGCCCUGACGAUGGCGGACGUCGACGACCAGAUCUCCGUGAAGGUGAACGAGAGCGGCUGGGCCUGGAUGGUGUGCGGAGAGCGACUGAUCAUCUGGAAGAUCUCCCAGACCGCCGUGGCCAAGCUGUCUGUGUGUAAGGAGCUGCAGCUGCCCGGCAGCGAGUACAGCUACACCGCCGACCUCGUGGCCUUGGCCUCCGCCGCCCCUCUGGAGUCGGCCCCCGUUCAGUCCAUCUCCGUCCUGGCGGUGGCGGCGGAGGGAACCGCUCGCUUGUGGAGCAGCUUGGCCCAGGAGGGCAACUACACGGAGACGGACGUGGACCUGGGGGACCUCUGCAACUUCGUCGUCGCGGUCAAUGGCGGAAGCUUCGUCCUGUCCUCCGUGAAGAGUCGGCUGUUGAGAGCGAGCGCCGACUCCUCGGGGAAGCUGCAGUGGCGGGCGCUGCAGCAGGGUCAGGGCGUCCUCUCCGGCAUCGGACGCCGCGUCUCCAGCUUGUUCGGGAUGCUCUCCCCGCCGGCCAACGACACGCUCCACAGCGUGCUGUGGGUGGGCGGAGCCAGCUGCCUCUACACGCUGACCAGCUCCAGUCUGAGCAAGUGGGAGGUGGACGACAGCUGGGAGCACCAGAUCCUCACCUGGGACGCCCAGCGGGCGCUGAGCGAGAGCGUCGCCGACGCCAUCUGGGGGUCAGAGAGCAACUACGAGGAGCUGAAGGAGGGAGCGAAUGUGACGUACCUGGACAUGAAGCUCAGCCAAGCCGGCCUGGUGGUUUUGGCGGCCGCCUGGCACCCGUCAGACGCCCCCUGCCUGGCUUACUUCUGCCUGGUCACCCUGCAGGACAACGGAGCCGCCAUCUCCGACCAGUUCACCGUGGAAGUCACCAAGUACAACCCUCCGUUCCAGAGCGAGGAGGCCCUGCAGGCCACGCGGCUGGUGCUGCCGCGCUGCCCCGGCUCCACCGCCUUCCUGCACAACGAGGAGAUGGUGUUCGCUUCCCCCACCUGCACCGGCAGCGGAGGACUGCCCGACGAGAAGAUCAGCUUCAGCUCCCCCGGUGACGGCGUCCGCGGAGGAGGCUGCUGCGCCGACCUGCCCGUCUUCUUCUCCCAGAACAGCGGGCUGGUGGCGGUGGUGGCGCGGCAGAGCGCCUCCAUCCUGCCGGAGACGAUGGAGGACUCGCUGUUCGCCUCGCUGGCCGCGACGCCGGAGGUUUCCGUGAUGGAGACUCCGACCAGAGCGGAGCCGGUCGCUCAGGAGGACAAAACCAAACUCCUGAAGGCGGCUUUCCUGCAGUUCUGCCGCAACGACCUGGUGGGGGCUCAGACGGUCACAGACGAGCUCUUCCCCCCCGACGGCGAGGGGGGCGGCGAGCUGGACGACGUGGUGACCAGAAUCGACCUGGACCUGGUGGACGACUACCCGGCCUCCGACCCCCGCUGGGCCGAGUCCGUCCCCGACGAGAGCGCCGGCUUUCCUCUCACCUCCCUCAUCAUCCUCCACCAGCUGGAGGACAAGAUGAAGGCCCACGUCUGCUUCAUGGACUUCCUGCUGCAGGCGGGUCUGCUGGACCGCCUCGGCUGCGUGACGGUGCGCUCGUCUCCCAUGGCGACGCGCCUGCUGCUGUGCGAACACGCCGAGAAGCUGCAGGCGGCGAUGGCGCUGAAGAGCCACCACACCAAGCGCGGCGAGCUGGUGAACCGGGCCGUCGGCCUGGCGCUGCAGAGGAACAACGCCGCCGUCCCGCCCAGCCUCACGCCCGCCGACGUCUUCUUCAGGGAGGUGUCUCAGAUCUCCUCGGUGUUGGAUUGCCUGCUGGACGAGGAGGAGCGGAGUCUGAAGGAGAACCCGGUGGACUCUGUGCAGUGGGCCGAGGGGGUUCUCGCCGUCAACAGCAUCCUGAAGGACAUGCUGCAGGCUGCUACUCAGUACAGGGAGACCAAAGCCUUCAUGUACAGAGCCUCUGAGAGCGCCGCUGCGGAGCCGGAGUACGUCCCGUGGACGGCGUCGGGCGCCGUCGGCGGCGUUCGCUCCGUCAUCUCCCGGCAGCACGACCUCGUCCUGCGCUCGGUGUACCCGCACGCCGACUCGGAGCUGCGCGCCGCCCUCUGCGAGCAGCUGGCGGCGCUGCUGGACGUCCACCUCGGCGGCUACGUGGCCCAGCUGACCUCGCUGCAGCGGCAGAGGCCCCCGGGGGCCCAACAGGAGCGCUACAACAGCCUGGAGAUGGAGUACAGCCAGCGGCGCGCCGAGCUGCUGGCCCCGCUGCUGGAACUGGGUCAGUACCAGUGGGUGGCGGCGCUGGCUGAGAAGUACUGUGACUUCGACAUCCUGGUCCAGAUGUGCGAGCAGACCGACAACCAGAGCCGCCUGCAGCACUACUUGACCAAGUUCGCAGACCAGAACUUUGCUGACUUCCUGUUCCGCUGGUACAUGGAGAAAGGGAAGAGGGGGAAGCUGCUGUCCCAGCCGGCCGCGCAGCACCAGCAGCUGGCCAGCUUCCUGCAGUCGCACCAGCACCUGAGCUGGCUGCACCACAUCCACGUGCACGACUACUGCAGCGCCAACCGCACGCUGCACAGCCAGGCCAACGCGGAGACGCGUUACUUCGUGAAGAAGAAGACGCUGCUGGCCCUCAGCAAGCUGACGGUGCUCUCAUCCGACCUGCCGGAGGACCAACUCGACAAGCAAGUCGACGAAAUCGUGGAGCAGGGGCGCUUCCUGCUGCAUCAGGAGACUCUUCCCCGACAGCUUCUGGAGGACAAGCAGCAGAACCCCGACACCAUGCCGCUGCUCAGCGCUCACGACCUCAUACAGCUGUACAUCUGCGACGACAACAGGCGAGCCAACGAGUACGACUUCAAAAAGGCCCUGGACCUGCUGGAGUACAUCGACGAGGAGGACGCCGGGGACAUCGACUCGCUGAAGUGCGAGAUCUUCGGCAAAGCGCUCAGGAGAGACGACUGGUUCUCGGAUGACGGGACCGACGACCCUCUGGAAGCCGCCAAGGACAGCGUCUUUGUGAAGAUCCUCCUCAAACUCAUCCAGGAAGGGGUUUCUCUGCAGACGUACCUGCCUGACGUUAAAGAGCUGCUGGAGCUGGACGACCUGAGCGCUUUGAAAUCAAAACCCUAUUUUGAAUUUGUCCUUCGGGCUAAUUAUGAACAUUACCUGGAAGUCCAGAUGUGACGACUCGUCGCUUCCCUGUAACGCCGACUUUUGCACUUCAGCUUUUAUUCGCCUUCUAACAGCUUUCAAUAUUUGUUGGAGUUUUUCUCUUUUCUCAAUAAAUGUUAUUUCUGUAGCUUGA